AUGUCGAAUGCCGUCAAGGUCGUCUCCAAUGCCUGGGAAAGGCCGCACACGUCGCUCGGGUACACCUUGGACCCGCGGUGGAUGCAUCACUUGCAAGACGAGGCGAAAAGCUGCAAUAAUUGUCUCAAAGUUGGCCGAGUUUGCGAGGGAUAUGGCGACCUUUGGGUGGCGCCGCUAGGUCCAUCGGCUCCGGUGUUCAAGACUGACAGGAAUGCGAAGCGACGACGCUUGAAUUCCUCGUCGCCAGUGUCCUCGUCGCAGUCUUUAUCAGCAUCGCCGUCCCCGUCACUAUCCUUGACCUCUAAUGAUCAAUGGGCCAGACGAGAAUGGCGGACCGAAGCAGUGACGCCGGGGAUCGUGAGUCUCUCACCGUCUCCGUCUCAUGGUCGGAUAUCAGAGCUCGAAGCAGAGAAUGAUGGACGGGAGCAAAGCCUCGAAGAUCAAAGCCUCCGUGCAUUGAUCCCGAGGCCACGAGGCUUCCGCAGCCACCUCUCCAGCGAAGAAGCUCACUACCUGCAGUAUCACGAGGUGAUGGGCUCUCAGCGACUUGCAAAUCUAGACAGCGAGCAUAAUCCUCUCCGGUCCUUUCUGAUACCUCGCGCCAUGACUUCACCACUUCUCAUGAAAGCCGUGUGCGCCAUCUCAGCCAUGCAUUUGUCGAACAGAACGGACAAUCCUGACGCCAAGUAUGCGUCUCUUGACUUUUACGAUCGGACCUUGAAAGGGCUGCGUAAUGUCAUCGCAGAGUCGGCGACCGAGUCGAUACCGGAUGAUGCUCUGCUAGCCGUCGGCAUGAUGUGUAAAUAUGAGGUAGUCCGAGGCAGUGUCAAGCAGUGGGUCGUGCAUCUAACGGCGCUGCAUAAACUUAUCUCUUCUCGUGGCGGAUUUGGAACGAUGGAUCCCGAGGCAGCGCAUUUCUUACGCGGGUUGUACAUAUAUGCGUAUAGCAUGGGCCAAAUCAGUAAUCAGAAGAAAGUCUCCGGCAAACUCAUCCUGCCAGACACGGAGACUGAAACACCGAGACUCAGUAUAUACCUUGGAUUUACCGAAGAGCUCCUGAAACUCUGCGCCUCUAUCGCAGAGCUGCCAUCACUUCGGGACGACGGUAUUUCCUUGCCUUUGACCGUUACCUCAAUAAAUGAUUCCCUCCUCAAUUGGAGACCAUGCUCCACUCACUUAAAUAUCCCCCAGGAUCUGACACCUGACACCCUCUCACGCCUCAAGCUUGUCGCCGAAUGUUUUCGUGAUGCCGGCUUUGUUUACUUGCAUUCUAUCCUUGAACGAAUGAAGAAGCCCGCCUGUACUCCCGCCGAAAUUCCGGUUAAACCGACAUCGGAGUCACGUCCACUGUCAUCGUUGAUCACGACACCGAAAGACAUCGCGAUCCAACGACUGCUGUGCCGUAUUCAGGACUUUCCCCUGGACGAUCAUUGCGAAUACUCCGCUCUUACCUUCCCGCUUUUCAUCGCUGGCGCCGAAAGCGAAGAGUUUGAGCACAGAAGCCUCGUGUUGCAAUCACUGGGAAAGUUGCAGGAAAACUUUGGGAUUGGCAACACUAUCCGAGCCAGGGAAGUUCUAUGUGCGUUGUGGGUCCGGCGAGACGCCGCUCAGUGUGAUGGAUCUGCAAGGGUGCAUUGGAUGGAUAUAUUAGAGGAAUUACAGUGGGAUUUGACUCUUGCUUAG